AUGCUCUCCCCAGCAUAUAUGACAACAUGGCUGGCCAACACUGCAAAGGCGCACGGCUACGACGCUGACGCUGCAGUUGGUGCUGCCGCUCUCGAGGCGUUGAAGAAGAAGAAGAAGAAGAGAAAGGGUAACGGAAAGGGCAAAGGCCCUGUCAGAGCUAAGAACAAGAAAACAACGGAGAAGCAAGACCCUAGCACGAAGAAAUAUGUUAUCAGAGUUAGGGACUUUGAGGCUAUAGCGAAACAUGUUGCUGAGACCAAUGCUGUUGAAGUUCCUCACCAGACUGCUGUUGCUUUGGAGAGAGGUAUCUGGGGUAUGUUAAAAGUAUCUCGUUAUGUUGAUUUCAGUGAUACUGAUGCAUUUCAUAGUUCGCAGAUCAUUCUCUCAGAAACUCGCAGAGAGCGGUGCAAGAAGGGAUCGUCGCUCUGGGAGACGUACGCUAAUGGCGAACUUGAUCUUGCCGCUGUGGCUUUGGCUACCAACACAGCGUUUGAGUUUGCUCAAAGCAUGGAAAUGGACAUCAAGAAGCUGAUUGACAAGUUUGGCGGUGCUGUAGAGGACGAUCUUGUCCGCGGCAUGGGCGCUGCACUCAAAGAAAAGAGUGAACACCCUCGUCUUUGGAUGUUGUGGGUUCUUCAGAUGUAUCUCGACAUUGUUCACGGUCUUGGAGAGUCCGAGAGUUUGAAAAUCCAAAAGGCUCUUGUUGAUCUUCCUAGAACGGCUGAGCGCAGGGAAGUCCUUCAAGCGGCGACGCGGUGGAAUCAUGAUUCUAUCUUUGAGACGAACCAAUCGAUGAUGGAGUUCGGCGUCAUGGUUCAAAGUGAUGACGAAACUGGCCGUAUUCCCAAAGGCCAAGCAUGGGAGGAUCUUGAAGAGUUGUGGGGAUAUCAAGGAAACUCGUGCUUCUUCGUUGGAAAUCCACCCAAGGAUCUUGAGAGCUACUACAGAAACUACUAUCUCUGCCUAGGCACUUCAGUCAUCAAUUGGGCCCCGAAUAGGCGGAGCGUAAAGGCUACCGAGCACAAAGGUAAUGCGCCAAACAUGAAGCUUGAUGGCUGGCUGUCACUUUCAUUGGACAACCGUAUUCGUAUGGAUAAUCCCCGUGAGCCUUGGACAACUGCUACUGUUGGAGCACUCUUGACGGAGGGCCGUAAGAAGGCAACUCUGGAUGGCAAGGGUCAUAUACAAAAGGGUCUGAAGCAAAAGGCCAAGGAGGCCAAUCCCAAGGCAGUACCGAAAUCUCCGAGUGGUCUCAUCGAUCAGCUAGCCCAUGUUCUCAACAGCGAAAUCCUCCGUAUCAGCUUCAACUACUUCACCAUGCACAACAUCGCCUGGUCCUUCCUAACCGAUCUCAAGCGCGCCCUCACCACCGAAGUCGGCCCCGAGUUCCUCAAAUACAUACCCUCCGGGGACCAACUCCCCUUCGUAGUAGGCUACGUCUUCUCCACGGCCUCAGGGCACGGGAGCUCCGAUGUUCGAGAGCGUCAAAUGGGCAACGACAGGUUCGUCAACGUCGCCACGGAAGUCAUGAGCGAGUUUUUGAACGAGGGUAAAGGAAAGAUCGAAGGAUAUGAGCUCAGAAAACGAUGGAUGUGCCUCUUUAUAUAUGACAAGCCUGCUACAGGCAUGAUAUCAAGAGCAAUGAUGAACGAGCAAGUUGGUGUUGAAACAGACCUACCUUUGGCAAAAUAUGCUAGUGAGUGA